AUGGAUGCCUGUAGAGUAUGCAUGGGCAAAAAGAUCAAGAUGUUACACAUAUUUGAUAGGGGUGAUAUUGUUGAUAAGAUUUUCUUCUGCACUGGAAUACGGUUCAAAAAUGAAGAUGGUCUACCCUCACAGAUCUGCAACAUUUGUCUUGAGGAUCUGUCAAUCGCUCACAAAUUCAAAACUCAAUGUUUGCUGGCUGAAGAGACGUUUAGAAACUCGAUUACAGGAAAUAUAAAGGAAGAGAAACCAGAAGACAUUGAAGAAAUCAAAGAGCCUGCUUCAUGUGAUUUCAGUGUGAAAACUGAUGAUGAUGAUGAUGUAAAGGAGGACUUGUUUGAACCUAGUGAUGAUGUAACGGAAAUAUUAGAAAAUUCGCAAGUGAAAGAUGAGAGUAACGCUGUCAGUGUUAGGAAAAGCAACCGAGUCAAAUUACAAAUCAAAAAAGAGUGCGUAAGAGAAGAGUUGUCAUUGAAAGUGAGAAAGAAGAGAGGCCCAUACAACAAGUCAGGGGUUCCCAAACGUUUAAGAAAGUAUAAAUUUCGCAAACUGUUUUGCGAGCCCUGUGGACUCAAGUUCACCAGCAAGCAGCAGUCGGACGAACACAAGCGAAAUGUGCACAAGGAUAGUGAUAGUUUCGUUUGUGAGAUUUGCGGUAAGGUAUUCGUUCAUCGCGCGUCCCACUACACUCACGUGCGAUCUCAUCUGCCGCCCCAAUACGCUUGCGAGCAUUGUGACUAUUGUACAUGGCACAAGCACGACCUGGUCAAGCAUGUCCGCAUACACACAGGUGUAAAGAUGUACCAGUGCGAAUACUGCACGGCGUCCUACUACACGUCUUCGAACCUGACUUGCCACAUCAGGCGGUACCACGAAAAGGAGCGUCGAUACCACUGCGACCUCUGCGACCGGAGUUUUUACGAUCGUACCAAACUGAAUAGGCAUUUGGACUCACACAAUGAGAUCAAGAGGUUCGAAUGCGACGUGUGCCACGCCUGUUUCACCCGGCGCUGUUACUGGAAGAAACAUCUCCAGAGGCAACACAACGUCAUCGUCCCCCCUCAAAGACCGGGUAGGCAGAAGACCAACAGACAAAUUGGGGAACCUACAGACUCUUUGGUCGGGAAGAACGGAGUUGCAAUAUAG